GCUGUAUAUUCUCUAGUCCCACAAACAAGCUCUUCUGAUCUAUUAAUUUUGAUCAGAUACAAAAAAAUCUCAUCAACCUCAUCACUUACAAAAAAAGCAGCACAAAAACUUAUAUAUCAGCUCAUUGGAUCAUUUCCACAAACACCUUAUCUUCAUCAUCAAUGUUAACCAGCAUUCAUCCUUCUCCUUCUUCCGACAACGGCGCCACCACCACCACCACCACCACCAAACGAAAACGACGACCCGCCGGAACUCCUGAUCCAGAUGCAGAAGUGGUGGCGCUGUCGCCGAAAACCCUUCUCGAAUCGGACCGAUACGUGUGCGAGAUCUGCAAGCAGGGAUUCCAGCGUGACCAGAACCUGCAGAUGCACCGGCGCCGCCACAAGGUGCCGUGGAAGCUGCUGAAGCGGGAGACUCCGGCGGCGGGGAAGCGGGUGUUCGUAUGCCCGGAGCCGACCUGCCUCCACCACGACCGGCGGCACGCGCUGGGAGAUCUGGUCGGGAUAAAAAAGCAUUACCGGCGGAAACACAGCAACCAGAGGCAGUGGGUAUGCGAGAGAUGCGCCAAGGGCUACGCCGUCCAGUCAGACUACAAAGCCCAUCUCAAGACCUGUGGGACACGUGGCCAUUCUUGCGAUUGCGGCCGCGUCUUCUCCAGGGUGGAGAGUUUCAUUGAGCAUCAGGAUGCUUGCAGCAUGGGGCAGCUCCGAUCAGAAAACCACCGUACACCACCACCGCCGCCGCCGCCGUGCUUAUUAUCAACUACUCCCAGCCCCUCCAGCGACACUAAUCCCAACGCAUGGGCUGCUGCUGCUGUGCCGGCGUCUCUCCCUUCGCCUAAGCCGCCGUCCACGACUGAACCAAUAUUCUUGUUGGCGGCGGCAGGUGGUGGCGCCGCCGCCACAACGCCGCCGAAUCUGGAACUCCAGCUUCGCAGUACCUCGACGAAGCAGCCCGAAGAGGAUCAGUCAACUCAGCUGCAGCUAUCUAUUGAUUCGUCGAGUGGGAGCGCCGCCGCGGCUGCACCGGCGGCGGCGGCGGCGGCGUUGGGGCUGAUGAAAGAGCAGGCGCGGGAGCAGCUGAGGAUGGCGGUUGCGGAGAAGGCGUUCGCGGAGGUGGCGAGGCAGCAGGCGAGGCGGCAGAUAGAGGUGGCGGAGGAAGAAUUCGCGAGGGCCAAGAGAAUCCGGCAGCAAGCGCAGGCGGAGAUGGAAAAGGCUAGAGAGCUGAAGGAAGAGGCGGCGGAGCAAAUGAAGGCCGCCGUGAUGCAAGUGACUUGCCAUUCAUGCAAGCGGAAUUUACAGCAGGCUGAAUACAGCUACAAAUCCAUUAAUAUUUGCAGAAACUCCUUCUACCUUUGAUAUAUAAUUAAUUAUAAAUAUGAACGCCCGCAUGGGUGUAGCUCAACUGGUUCCGGAGGUGGUAAGUUGGUGCAAGGUCCUAGGAUCGAAUCCUGGCAGCCAUAGUGUGGGAAUUUCAACUCCAAAUGAGGGUUGGUUCCUUGUGGGCACCAGGUCCGGAUCCGCUACCUUAACGGUACCAUGAUUUACAUCCUCCAUCAAUCCUUAUCGGGCCAAGGGAUGGGGGCCCUGGGGCGAGGGAUUCGCCUUUUAGGUGCAAAUUAUAAAUAUGAACAAUUUAAUGCUCAAUGUUUUCUAUAAUCUUUUUUUUUGUUCAUA